AUGCCUCGUAUCACUACGAACCCGUACAAGCAGGCGGUCCCCGACUUCGGCAGAGCCGCGCAUGCAGCAGUACGACAGCUGGAAAGCCGUGGUGACACCCUGGAACAAGCGGCGCAAUCCCUCGUUGACGCGUGGCGAACCCAAAACACUCAGGAGAAGGAAGCCUGGGAUCGGCAGUUGCGGGAAGAUAGGGAGGCCGAAGAACGAGCAGAGCGAGAGAGGCAGGAACGGGAGGAAGCGGAGAGAGCUGAGGAAGAACGGGAAGCUGCUAAGAACCGACCUAGGGCUCCUAGGUACGGUCGCGACCAGAUGGUAGCCGACUCCGACGCAUCGCAAGUAUCUGCAUACGCCCUCCAGCGACUAAAGCAAUACAAGUUCGUCCACCUAUGGUACUUCGGAGGGGAAGGAAAACGCGAGGCAACGGAAAACGCGAUGGUCGCGUCUGAGGACGUCUUCUACAUGGCCCGGGAUGGUGACGGAGUUGCCCUGCGAUUGUCGUCGUCGGCUUGUGCCUCGAAGAACUGCAAGGAGGACAAAGACCUGGAUUGGCGCCUGUUCACAAUCGCAAAAGCGGGGCUGCUCAAGGAAAUGGGGAACGUAGGGUGGAGCCAGGAAGUUGUGCAAGACUUCGUGGACUUCUUUCACUCCAUCGAAACCCAUUCCAUCCGUAACGAGAAGUACGGUGUUGCCUCUCUCCUGAUUUAUGAGCAGGAAGUGAGGCAAGAAUGGCACCUCACGUACGAGCAUAACCCAAGCAAACUCUUCAACCCGGCGUUGUUCAACGAGGAGCGUCUCCAUCGGAUCAUGCUAAAGUAUCUCCAGAACCAAAUGUAUGAGGCGGCCAAAGCCCGCAGCACGCGCGUUAGGACCCAUGCGCACGGGAAAGACAAAGACGGCACGUACGAACGCGCCAUACGCCCGAGGCGAGAGCGUCUCCGGACGCGACCAGAAUUUUCGUUUUGGCGCCGGCGCGAUCGCCCAUUCGCCGUGCGCCUUAUGCCUUGGAUGUCACCUCCACGACGUGCGCGCCUGUCGGUCUCCUGUGCUUUGGAACGGGAGGACCAAGGCUUACUGCUCGCGUGACGACAACGGGCAUCUCGUUGACCCAAACAACGUCACCUUGUGCAAGAACUUCCAGCUUCCCCACGGGUGCACACGCUCAGC